AUGUGUGCGAAGCGGACAGUCUUGGUCGUCGCCUGCAUCAUCACUGUGCGACCGUCGGGACCUCAUCGCGCAACUCGACUACUAGUCAGGGUGGGUCUCCGCGAGGCAUCUGUUUGCGCGGCUGAUCCAAGUACUGUUAAUUCACUCGCGGCGCCGCGCUCUACUGUUCGCUUCUCACGUGUCAACCCCAUCACCCCCUGCCUGGCAACACCACCACGCAUGGUGGCAGCAGGGAUGCAAGCCCCUACGACCCCAUCAGCGCCUGAAGCGGGUUCUCCUUGCCGGGUGUGCGUGGGAGGUGGGACCUCUCACCGACUGCAGCACCACCAAAGCAGCCAGCCACCCCACCCCAGCGUCGGCAGCGUGGCGGCGGCACUGACCCCACUGCUGAUGGACGCGUCUGGCCCGCCUGCCGACAGCCGGGACGCGGAGGGGGAGAAGGCAGCGCUGCACGCAGCGGUGCCACCCAUGCUGUCAGCGGAGGAGGACGUGGAGCAGCCGCAGCGCAUGCAGCUCUUCAUGGCGCACCUCAUGGCGCACCUCUUCUGCUGCGGCACCCUCGCCCGCCCCCACUGCGACAUCCCCGCCGGGCCGCCAGAGGCCAACGACCCGUCACCACCCUCGCGAGGGUUUGUGCCCAUAGAUCGCUCCAUGCCUCCCAUCAUGUCGGGCCGCGUGCUGCAGCUGCCCGCCUCCUACCUCUUCUCCGGUGGCCGACCCUCAGAGGACGACGACUAG